AUUCAUUAUGUAUUUUUUAAUGUUUAACCAAGGUCUCUGUAGCUUUGAAAACGGCUUUUGUGGACUGAAGCAGGAUAACAGUAUGGAAAAUCGGUGGGAUCUGAAUUUUGGGCAUACUCCUUCAACAAACACUGGGCCAAGAUAUGAUCACACCACAUAUUCUCAAAAAGGUGCUUACAUUUAUACAGAAGCUUCAAGGCGUAGUCAAGGAGACCGCGCACGUUUGAUGAGUGAAUGGAUAGAGCCUAGUACAGUGAUAUGUCUUCAGUUCUGGUAUCAUAUGUUUGGUAAACACAUAGGACAACUAAAUGUAUUCCAAGCAACUAACAGUUCAGAGAUGCUUGUUUGGAGUCUAUCAGGCAACCAAGGAGACAAAUGGAUGUUUACUCAGGCUACAUUACAAGCUGAGGAUCGUUUCAAGUUUAUUUUGGAAAGCGUAACCAAAGAAGGAAGUGAAGGAGAUAUUGCUGUGGACGAUGUCACGGUACUUGAGGAACGCUGCCACCUAAACACAGAACGGGCUGGUCCUAAGAGCCCUCACUGCUAUUUUAACCACAAUAUGUGUAACUGGAAGACGAGUGGACCCUGGGUUUUGAUCAACCAUCACACGGGAAAAAAAGGCGGCUUCUUGAGCUUAAAACCAGGUGGCAACAAGCUAGGAAGUACCAUAACAUCUCCCUUGCUUGACGGCGAGGAAUGGAAGUGUAUGCGCUUUUGGUACCGAAUAGGUUUGGGGCAUGGUGCACACUUAAAAGUGUUAAUGAGCAGAUCAAACACAACACAACAACUGUGGAGAACAUCUCAUCGGACCAGCAACUGGAGUUUUGUUCAACUGUCAAUAAACAUGAAUAAAAUGGCAAGGAUAGUAAUAGAGGGAACAUGUUCAGAAACUUCCAUUGAUAUUGAUGACGUUUCCUUCAGUAAAGAGUCCUGCAGUGAGAUACCCUGGGCUUCUCAUCAGGAAUUCCUUGCUCCUUUGCUUCCUGCCUGUUACAAACCCCUGGGAAUGCAGGACGGCAGAAUCCAUGACUCUGCCAUAACUGCGUCAUCAUACUACCGACGUCGAUCAGCGCCUGAGAGAGCAAGACUUCACAUGGCUCUACCUGACGAAGUUGUUGGCUUUACAGGAGGCUGGUGUCAGUAUCCAUCUCAGUACUAUCAGUGGCUUCAAGUUAAUUUUGGUUACGUGGCGAGCAUAACAAAGAUUGCUACACAAGGAAAACAGGAAUUUGAUUUUUGGGUGACAAAGUAUUUCCUAUCUUACAGAAGAAACGCCAGUAGCACCCUGUCGCUAUAUCGACAAAAUAGAAAUGUAAAGAUAUUUGUUGGUAAUGUUGAUCGUCAGACCGUGGUAAGCCACUUUCUGAUUCCUCGUAUCACAGCCCAGUUUGUGAGGAUUUACCCGUAUAGAUACCGUCUAUUUGGAUGCCUUAGAGUUGAAUACUACGGUUGUGCAGUUGGUAAAGAUAACAAGUCCCAGAUUCCGUGCUAUGAUUCCCUGGGAAUGCAGAAUGGUCAAAUACCUAACGCGUCUAUAACUGCCUCCUCAAACUUCGGUUCUGCUCCCCGCGCGAGGCUCUACACCACAGCAGAAAACGGUAAGCCUGGAGCUUGGGUGGCGGCCUUAUCAGACUCUAGCCAGUGGCUUCAGGUUGACCUUGGAACUCUUGCUACCAUAAAAAGCCUUGUCACACAGGGACGACACGAUGCUGCUGAGUGGGUCAGCAGUUUUGUCCUAUCGUACAGUUCGGUGGGAAGCAACUUUCAGUUUUAUGCUAAGGUUUUCAAUGCCAACAAAGACCAGAACUCGUUAGCUGUAAAUAUAAUUAGCCCUCCCAUACUGUCCAGGUUUCUCCGAAUUCAUCCUCGCACCUGGGUUAAUAUGGUUGCAAUGAGAAUUGAAAUCUUUGGUUGUUUAGCAGUAAACAUGCUUGUUGAUAAUAUUAAAGACAUAGGAUGCUAUAAAGAUAACCCAGAAAGAGCCAUUCCUUUACUGGAAGCAAUGAGCCCGCUGUUAGAUGGCAGCUAUGUGCAGAGACCGGCAGCCAUCAGACGUUGUGCAAAGGUUGCUUAUGAUCUGAAGCUUGAUGUUUUUGCGGUGCAGAAUGGAGGACAGUGUCUGGGAGGUCCUGAUGCUAACCUGAAUUAUAAAAAAUAUGGCAGCUCUACACAGUGUCGAGAAAAUGGCCGAGGAGGACCUUGGGCGAAUCAAGUCUAUAGGAUUUUUAGGAGAUGUAACGCAUCUGAUGAAUGGUGUGGCUGGAUAAGCCAGGAUGAUGCUAGAGUGAGAUGGAGUCUAAAGAUGGCGACCGACUUGACAAGAGCUGGAAAAGGCAUUGCAAGUUAUGCAGGUUAUGACGAGGGAAGUGUACCUGACAAACGCUACAUACUGGAAACACGCCGCAGCAGGCAACUUGUUAUUACUGCCCCAGUCUCAAGCCGUACACAAAUCAACAAAUUGACAGUAUGUUACUGGUUACAGGAUAACUAUGCCACUCUAUCGAUGAAGUACACAUCAGCCAGCGAGAGUGGGAAAACACCAGCCUUUAGCAUAGAUCAGAAUUUUACAUCUCUAAGACUAUCAGUUUACGAAAAUGUUAUUUCAUCACGCAUUUCUGUCGAAAGACACACCUGGCGUCAUAUAUGUGUUUCUUGGAGUUAUCAACAUGGAUUUUGGAAAAUUUACCAAGAUGGAAAAAUGCUUGGUUUUAACAGAUUGCUGAGCGCUGAACCCUUAUUAUCAGGAACAGGAGUUGUAACUAUCAUUUUCCAGCAAAAUAACCUGACAUUUUCGUCAAGACUAACCGGAGUUAACAUGUGGAACCAUGACAUGGGAAUGGAGGAAGUGCGUCGUCUUUCUCUUGGAUGUGGAGUUGAAACCGGAAAUCUUCUGAACUGGUUUGACUUGAGCAAUAAAGUUGACCCACCGGUUUACGUGAAGAAAUUAAAAGGACCUUCUUGCACAUAUCGUGAAGAUAUUAUGGCAAUAAUAAGCAGUGGUCCUGAAGAAAAAGCUGUUUUGGUGAGUCCGUGGUACAACAGAUCUACAGAGGGAUUUGGAAAAUGUCUCCAGUUCAGAUAUUUAAUGUUUGGACCAGGUGCUAAGACAUUGAAGAUAUUUCAAGAACUGGAAAUGGGUCCGAGACAAAUUUGGAAAGAUUUCAACAACAACGUUCCAUUUUGGCGUUACGGACAAGUUUCUCUGACUUCUGUUGCACGGCACAAACUUAUAAUCAAAGGAGAGGUGGGCGGACUACCUGGCUACAUAGCUAUUGGAGGUCUUUCUUGGAUUGAUGGUUAUUGUGAAGGUCAACCUGACUUCGUGGAUAAUCUAGGUAACGGUCGACCCAGUAAGCUUUUCAGUAUUGUCACUUUUUUUGAGGCCCUUAUACCUUGCUUGUAUACCGAUUGUCAAUUGUAUGUUAUUUAUCUAGCAUGCAGCAAAACACUUGUAGAAUCAUCUGGUUUCAUCUUAUCACCACAAUAUCCUGGAUUCUAUGCUCCUAAGUCGCAUUGCACCUGGUUAAUAACGGCACCGGAUAGACAUGUGGUACGCCUUGAGGUAAUUGACCUUCAACUGGAACACGAUCCUCGCUGUGCCACUGAUUACCUGGAAAUAAUUGAUGGCAACAAUUUCCAAGAACAAAGGUUGGGGAAAUUUUGCGGGGAAGAAAUUCCUGCUCUUAUCGAGUCACGGAGCAAUACAGUAAUGAUUACUUUUAGGUCAGACACAGACAUUCAAGGAAAUGGCUUUAAACUUCACUAUUCCUUUAGAGAACAAACUGAAGACAAUAUAUGUGCAAGCAAAAGAGAUUGCCCAUCAGGUUGUUCAUGCUACAAGAUCAGUAACAUUCCCGAAAAAUUUGCGAUAGAAGGUCUUGACCUAGGAACUCUUCCAAAGAGUAUGCCUGCCUACACUACAGCGUUACUUUUUGCGAACAACAGAAUAAACCAGGUCCAGGAGAAAGCUUUCUCGAUGUUACCACUCGUGGAGUACAUUGACCUCAGCAAGAAUGUAAUUCUGGUUUUGGCGGAUUCUUCAUUUCAAGAUCGGAAAACGUUAAGAACCAUAAAAUUAACUGGAAACUUUAUAAGGAAAGUGACUCCAAAUGUCUUUUCUGGGCUAGAAAGUCUGGAAGACCUAUACCUUGGAGAGAACCUGUUAACAGUGAUUCCAAAGGGAGCGUUUAGCCAUGUACCCAGCCUUAAUGUACUGUGAGUAUGGU